AUGGCAAGCAACGGAGACUGUGAAAGAGCGCGCAUGUCUGGCAUCGAUGACAAGCCAUUGCAUCUGCUGACGCAGUCCGAAUCCAUAUCCGUCGUCACGCGAGAUAUCACCCCCCUCGAAAUCGCAUCGGUAGGCUGGAGCAUUUGCAACAGUUGGGUGGGUGUUCUGUCAACGCUUGCGUUCAAUGUCACAAAUGGCGGGUCGCCGGGUCUUCUCUAUGGUCUCUGGUUCGUCUUCAUAAUGUACGGCUUUGUCGUAUACACGUUGGCGGAGCUGGCCCGUGUUUAUCCUUCAGCGGGCGGUCAGUACCAUUGGACAGCGGUUGUGGCUCCGAAGUGGUGCGCUCGUGCUAUGAGCUAUGCAUGCGGUAUGAUCAACAUAUUUGCAUGGGCAUCACUUUCUGCCGGCGUGGCAAUCAUCCUCCCGCAACAAUUACUUGCUCUCGUUAUCACGCACAACCCCUCUUACGAAGUCGAGCCGUGGCAUGUGUUUCUGAUGUACCAGUUUGUAUGCGUGGUAUGCUUGUUGCAUAACAUUUUCAGCCUGCGACGAACCAUGUGGCUUAUUCCGAAUGAUAUGCAUGGGUUGAAUGCAGUGCUGACUUUGCACGGCGUAGUUGCGUUAUCGCUCGCCGCCUUCAUAGCCGCCACAGUCGCUUCCCUAGCACGAGCCCCCCAUUUCCAAUCGAGUAAAGCCGUCUGGAUUACAUUCGUUGACUUGAGCGGUUGGGACAACAAAGGACUGGUCUUUUUUAUCGGGCUUCUUACUCCAGGUUACAUGUAUGCUGGAAUAGAUGGAGCCAUCCAUCUAGCAGAAGAAGCUCGUAAUGCUCGAACAGCCGUCCCGAAAGCCCUUGUGUCGAUCUGGGGUAUAGGAUUUGUUACAUCGUUCAUAGUAGCGGUUGCAUCCAUGUAUUCCGUCCAAGACUUCACUGCGGUUGCAACAACAAAGACUGGCUUCCCUGUUUUCGAGCUUUGGCGCCAAGCAAUGGAUUCUGAAGCUGCAGCAACUGCUUUCUUGGUCUUCACACAUGCAACUGGAUACAUAGCCGUCGCAGGGUGUCAGCAGACUGCCUCGCGGCUGACUUGGUCCUUCGCUCGCGACUCUGGCUUAGUUGCCUCCUCGAAGAUCGCCCGCAUAGACGGAAGAUGGCAGGUUCCCGUAUGGGCUCUCUACGUCAAUGGAGUUAUGACGUUCCUUAUCGGAUGUGUCUACCUCGGGUCGUCUACGGCUUUCAACGCAUUUAUCGGUACAGGACUGAUACUUCAGCUUGUCACAUUUGCAUUCCCUGCAGCAUUAUUGCUGUUGACGGGUCGACCAAAACGCUUCUUACCACCCACCCGUACCUUUGGGUUGCCGAGUGCUUUUGGCUGGGUCGCAAAUGUCUUCACCGUUGCGUUUGCUCUUUUCUGCCUCGUCUUUUAUUGCUUCCCCCCGGCCAGACCAGUAACCGCGUCGAACAUGAAUUAUGCGCCAGCGGUCCUUGUAGUGAUAGGCAUCUUUAUUGUUGCAAACUGGUUCUUGCAUGCUAGAAAACAUUACCACGGACCACAGCUAGAAGAUCUCGUUGCAUUAUAG